AGCGCGAGACUGGUGUCUCCUCCACAGCUCUGAAGAAAUGUCAGUCCUUCCCUCCAAGUUUGGCUCUCUCCACCUCCAUCUCCUCCGCCCUCCAAACCCAAACCCUAACCCUAGCCCUCAUCCUCGCCGCCACACACUCAAGAUCUCCAGCGGCAAGAGGUCCGGCAGGCAGAGAUACCCGUCGGAGAGGAAGGUGCUCAAGUUGAAGCACAAGGAUAUCGUCGGGAACGUCAAGAACAAAUACGAGGGCAUUUGGAGGCUCUCCAAGCUCGGAGUUCCGGUCGACCGUGACCCCGGAAAGGACUUCCUCGGCGUCUCCCAGAGCUUGCUUGAAGAAAUUGCCAAAGUGCUCGAGUUUCCGGUUGCUUCAAUGCUGCCCUCGGAGGCCUUCACCGUGGUUCGGAAAUCUUUUGAUGCAAGGAAGAGGUUGAAAGAACCAAAAUUCGUUUACAUAGUGGAAAUGGAUGUUGAUAAGCUAUUGAGUUUAGAGCCUCGUGCUUGGGACUUCAUUUCGGAGUUGGAGCCCAAAGUUGGGCUGGUAGAACACAUGCCUCAAGCAAAGAUAUCUGGAGAUUUGACGAGUAUUAUACACGGGUUAAAAGAAGUGCAUCAAAGUUCAGUUUCCGGAGAAAGUGGAAAUACAAUGCUGAAUGGGUCUCAAGGAUCGUACAAAUUUCCAACGGCUAGAAAACCCAAGAUUGCGGUAGUGGGCAGUGGACCAUCUGGGCUGUUUGCUGCCCUUGUUCUUGCGGAAUUUGGUGCAGAUGUCACCGUAAUAGAAAGAGGUCAGCCUGUGGAACAGAGGGGGCGUGACAUUGGUGCUCUGGCUGUCCGUCGGAUCUUGCAGACAGAAAGCAAUUUCUGCUUUGGAGAGGGUGGUGCAGGUACCUGGAGUGAUGGAAAGCUGGUGACCAGGAUUGGAAGAAACAGUGGGAGUGUUUUGGCGGUUAUGGAAACUUUAGUUCAAUUUGGAGCUCCAGAAGGAAUUUUGGUUAACGGAAAGCCUCAUUUGGGAACAGAUAAAUUGGUUCCACUACUUCGCAAUUUUCGGCAGCAUCUACUAAAGCUGGGUGUGACCAUCAAGUUUGGGACAAGGGUUGAUGAUCUCCUUGUAGAUAAUGAACAAGUUGUAGGUGUCAGAGUUUCUGAUUCAGUCGACAGGUUACAGUCUAGUAGCAAGAAAUGGGAGUACGAUGCUGUUGUUCUGGCUGUUGGACAUUCUGCACGGGAUCUUUAUCAAACACUUCUAUCUCAUAACAUUGAGUUGAUCCCAAAAGAUUUUGCUGUUGGCUUGCGGAUUGAGCAUCCUCAAGAAGUUGUAAACAGCUUACAGUAUUCUGGAUUGGCAACUGAGGUUUGCAGAGGACGCGGUAAAGUACCAGUGGCAGAUUACAAGGUUGCAAAGUAUGUAAGUGGAGAGAACAGGGCUGAACCUUUGCAUGCAACAAGUCGAAGCUGCUAUUCCUUCUGUAUGUGUCCUGGUGGUCAGGUUGUUCUUACAAGUACAAAUCCAUCUGAAAUCUGUGUCAAUGGCAUGUCAUUUUCUCGACGUGACUCAAGGUGGGCAAAUGCUGCACUCGUUGUGACCGUCUCAACAAAAGAUUUUGGUGCAUUGAAUCUCCAUGGACCUCUAGCAGGGGUUGAGUUUCAGAGAGAAUUUGAGCAAAGAGCGGCAAGAAUGGGAGGUGGAAAUUUUGUGGUGCCUGUGCAGACAGUUACAGAUUUUAUGGACAAUAAAUUAUCAGUAACAUCUGUGCCACAGUCAAGUUAUCGAUUAGGAGUGAAGGCAGCAAAUCUUCACAAGUUAUUUCCUGAUUAUGUAACAGAGACUUUGCAGCAGUCAAUCUCAGCAUUUGACAAAGAGUUACCGGGCUUUAUCUGCGAAGAGGCCCUUCUUCACGGAGUGGAGACUAGGACCAGUUCUCCCAUCCAGAUUCCCCGCAAUGUUAAAACUUAUGAGAGCACAUCAUUGAAAGGUCUCUACCCUAUUGGUGAAGGAGCAGGUUAUGCUGGAGGGAUUGUAAGUGCAGCUGUGGAUGGUAUGCAUGCUGGUUUUGCAGUGGCAAAAAAUUUUGGAUUGUGUAAUGAUGGCAUAGAGUCAAUUUUGGGCAAGGCUCGGAGUGCUGGAUUUUUGGAGUACUAGAUGCAUAUUCAGGGUUUCAAGUUUGUUUGUCAUUCAAAACAAGCUCAAUCAUCUACGUUGAAGAUCUUGGGACCUGAGAUUGAUGAGAUUUCUCAUUCCAUCAAGGAUUCAAAAUUUGCAACACGGUAAUCAGGUUGAUGCAUAAUAAUGAUGGAAUAAUAAGUUUCUGUCCACCAGAGAGUUUAUCAGACGGUGUACUAUCCUCUAAGUUGGAUAUAAUGCUGAGAUUUAAGAGUCGUCGCAAAUGAGCAGCUUGAAGGAGGGUGAUCGCACCAUGACAUGAGCCUUCUGUUUGAUAAUAUAGUGAUGUCUCUCCUACCUUAACGAAACCAAAGAUGCCCCAACUGACAGACGCCCUCCUGGUUCCAAGCACAUUGACUUGGGAAAGAUCCUACUUGAGUACCAUUGUGUUCCCAUAAUGGUAUUCCUCUUUGUAAUUGCGGUCUCUGCCAAGGUGUCCAAUGCGAACUAGAAACCAAACACAAGUAAAAUCGGUGAGUAUAUUCAUAUAUAUUAUGAAUUUAUGAAUAUUAGAACGACAACGUGGUCAAUGUGGAUUAUUUUUGUUCAGAAUAAUCAACAUUGCUCAUGUUAUUUAGUGGAACCAAUAAAGUAGACGUAGUUGCCCACAUGGGAUGGAAGCACAUAGUGACAAGUUAGAACAAGCAGCAGAUUUUCCUUGUUCUUUCUUCCUUGAAGAGCUCUGAAAUACAAGAUUUAUAUGUUGGAAUAAGAGUAGGGACAUGCUCUGGGCAUGGCAUAUGCAUGGGUUCGAUUCGCCAUGAUUGCAUUCCAUUCUUCUUUCGUAUUAUAUUCUGGCACAUGAGGCCUCAUCAUUUGGUCUUUUUUUCUCAGUUUUAAUUUAUGAAGAAGAUUUGGCUGAAUCUGCAUUUCAAUAUUGCAUUAUCCAUUUUUCACAUAUUGUAAUCACUGCAUAAUUAUUUAUACAUUUUUUUUCUCAAUUGGUUUCCCUUUAUAUAGAUUUUAAAUUAUAACAUGGAAUGACAUGCCUAUUCAACUAAUUUUAAGCUUAAUCUCUAUUGAUUUCAUGAUAAUAAUAUGUAUCAUAUGAGCGUUGUUUCUGGUGUAUUGUUUGUAUUUGGACGUGAAAUGUAUUAAUUAAUUCAGAAAGAACAAGCAAGAGGAAACUGGGUAGGCCCUUAAAGAUGGGGAUAACUCGCAAAGCGAUUCAAUUUAGGCUUUAACUUCUAACUGAAGCAGAUAGUUGCAGAACAUAUGAUCUGUCCAAACUCCAGACUAUCGAAAGGGACUUUGCCUAUAGACAAUACAAUUCUUUAGAUACACUGUAUCUGCGUUACAUGUUGUCGUCGGGCCAAAAAUAGUAUAGACGUACGUUACAUGUUGAAUUACAUUCAACUUUUUGGGAAUUGAUACAAUUUUUGUAUCAAACAUUACAACUUUUUGAGAAUUGAUGAGGACUUGAUCAGUUCUUGUAUCAAAUCAGUUUUUGUAGUUUUUGUAGCCUUAGUGCCUCAUUGCAAUUAAUCAGUCUGAAUGUGAGUUUCAGACUUUUUAUGUGGGAUUUGUAAUUAUUUGUAAUUAACUCAGAUUCUGAAAUAUCAAAGUGUUCAGUGAAUGUGUUUUUUUUA